AUGAGAACUUCUUGCUUCCUCGCUCUUCUUGCCCUAGCAUUAAUCCUUCCUCUUAUCUCCGCUGGUGAAGGAAUAAUUCCAGAACGGGAAUCUGGUACCUGGACGCCUCUAGAUCCGAAAGACCCACUUGCGAUACGGGUCGGAAAAUGGGCUGUUUCCGAGUACAACAAGAACACGACCUACAAGCUAGUGUUUCAAAACAUUGUUUCCGGUGAAGAUAUAUACGCAUCAGGCACUAUUUACAUUUUAACCCUUGCAGCUAAGAAUGAGUCAUUGCCUAGUCCUGCUGAAACUUAUAAUACUUCUGUUUGGGCUAUGUGGACAAAAACUAAAUUGUACUCGUUCCAGAAGGCUUAA